UCAUGUACGUAAAACCAAUAUCUUCUCUCACUCAUGUAGGCAGAUAUUAUGUGCACAUCAUAAAGGACUUAAAUGUCAUUAAACAGAUUCCAGCUGGAUCCACUGUGCUUGUCGGUGGAUUUGGAUUAUGCGGUAUACCUGAAUGCAGCAUCAAUGCAUUGAAAGAGGCUGGAACUAAAAAUUUGACUGUAGUAAGUAAUAAUUGUGGAACAACCGAUUUGGGAUUAGGAUUACUUUUGAAUAAUGGAUAAUUGAAGAGAGUGAUUGCAUCAUAUGCAGGAGAGAAUCAUAAUCUAGCCAAGUAAUAUUUAAUAAGUUAACAAAUAGAUAAUACUUUGAUGGCACAUUAGAAUUGGAAUUAGUACCAUAAGGCACUUUGGCUGAGAAGUUGAGAGCUGCAGGUGCUGGUAUCCCUGCUUUUUACACACAUACUGGUACAGAUACAGUUGUUGAAAAAGGAGGAAUUCCUAUCAAAUACCACAAAGGUGGAGAUAGUGUAGAAAUAGAAUCUAAACCAAAACCUGUAAAUAUGAUUUUCUCAAUAUUAGGUUGAAUACUUUAAUGGAAAGAAAUACAUCAGAGAAGACUCUAUCUGGGGAGACUAUGCCAUUAUUAAAGCUAACAUGGCUGAUACAAAUGGUAAUCUCAAGUUCGUAGGGACAGCUAGAAACUUCAAUUAAGAUAUGGUGAAGGCUGCUAAGGUAGUCAUUGCUGAAGUUGACACUAUUGUACCUGUAGGCAGUUUUGGUUUCGAUGAAGCUCAUGUCAAUGGAAUUUAUGUGGAUUAUCUCUAUCAAGGAAAUAAUUACUUAAAGACUGUUGAAAGACUUGUUUAUGAUUAAAGUGUAUAUGACAAACAUAAGGGUAUGAUAUUCAUAAUAUUCUUUAGAUAUCAAACCAUAAGGAAAAUUGAGUCAAACCAGAAAUAGAAUUGCUAAAAGAGCAGCUUAAGAAUUUAAAGAUGGAAUGUAUGUCAAUUUGGGCAUUGGAAUUCCUACUCUCAUUCCAGCCUUCCUUGAUAAAAGCAUGACUAUUCAUUUUCAUACAGAAAUUGGAGCUAUUGGAGUUGGUCCCUAUCCUAAAUUAGGAUAAGAAUUAGGAGAUCUCUAAAAUGCAGGAAAAGAAUCAUGUACUCUUAAUCCUGGAGCUACUACAUUUGAAAGUAGUGAAUCCUUUGGUAUCAUCAGAGGAGGACACUUGGAUAUGACUGUUUUGGGAGCUAUGCAAAUUACUAAAUAAGGUGAUAUUGCUAAUUGGGUUAUUCCUGGAAAAAUGGUUAAAGGAAUGGGAGGAGCUAUGGAUUUGGUUGCAUCAGGAUCAAAAGUACUUGUUGUGAUGGAACACACUGCCAAAGGAGAAGUCAAAUUUGUUAAAGACUUACAAUAUCCAGCCACAGGAAUGAAUAAAGUUAGCUAAGUCAUUACAGACAAGGCUGUCUUUGUUAAAAGAGAUGGACAAUUAGUAUUAACUGAAAUAGCAGGUGAUACUACACUCGAGUGGGUCAGAGCUAAUACUGGAUUUGAAUUAACAGUUGCAGAUGACUUAAAAUCCUUCAAAGUUUGAU